CCCAGUUUCUUCACUGCUUGCUGAAGAACCAACUCCUACAAAUUGCUCAUACAACGCCUCUAUUUAUCUCGAAAAAAUCAAAGGAAGCAAUGUUAAGAGCUUGUCAUCUCCCACCAAUAGCAACUCCAGCUCUGUGUGCUCUUAGACUCUCUUUGAUUCCUUCUCUCCAUCUCUCUCCACCUUCAAACCUUCACAAGGCCUCAACAUUAGCACCAUUUCAAACUUCUGUCAUUCAAACCUUCAUACCCACUUCGCCUUAUCUUUCUCCUUGGAGCUUGAAGCGGGUCUUUCCCAUGCAUCCAUGCCCCAAGGGCGCAGCUUCAUUUAGUGCUGGGAGUAACUCUGAAGGCAGCAGGGAGAUAUUGGUGCAACACUUGCUUGUUAAAGAAGAUGACCAAAAGCUUUUGUUGGAUAUUCAGCAGAGAGUUUCAGGAGGUGAAGACCUUAGUGAUCUUGCUGUGGAGCACUCAAUUUGUCCAUCUAAAGAAGAGGGAGGAAUGCUUGGUUGGGUGAGAAAGGGGCAAAUGGUGCCGGAGUUUGAGGAGGCUGCAUUUAAUGCACCUUUAAACAAAGUUGUAAGGUGUAAAACAAAAUUUGGAUGGCACUUGUUGCAAGUUCUCUCUGAGAGGGAAGGAUCCUUACUCCAAGAUAUUCAAACCGAGGAGUUUCAUGCAAAAAUGCAAGAUCCCAAUUUCUUGGAAGAGGCACAAUUGAUUGAUGUUCGAGAACCUGAUGAAGUGGCCCGAGCUUCUUUGCCAGGUUUUCAGGUUUUUCCUCUCCAACAAUUUGGAAUCUGGGGACCUGAGAUAACUACCAAGUUGGAUCCUCAAAAGGAUACUUAUGUUAUGUGUCACCAUGGCAUGCGAUCAUUACAAGUUGCCAAGUGGUUGCAGACACAGGGUUUUAAAAGAAUAUUUAAUGUAUCCGGGGGAAUCCAUGCAUAUGCUGUCAAGGCUGAUCAGUCCAUUCCUACUUAUUGAGAAUAUACAUUCGCCUUCCAUCAAAGGAGUGGCCUUUUUCACCUUCAUUGGUUCUCUCUCUCUCUCUCCCCCUCCCCCCAUUCUAAAUACAUGUUCUGAAAUUUUGUCAACAUCCCUUAUAAAGUAAUAAUUUAUGCAGUCACUCAUUUCUUUUAA